AUGAGGGCCACAGGGCUAACAACACUACAAACUAGACAUGACACGUCGGAUCUUAUUGGAACUUGUAAUAUACUGAACAAUUUGGAGGAUGUUGAUCCGGAAAAUGUCUUCAACAGACAUGUGAAUAAAUAUCGUCAUAUCUUCGCAGUGCUGGACAAAAAUAUCUCGCCUUCACUAGUCAAAGGGAAAACCAAACCACUUAUCUUGGGUCUUGGAGGCACUAUAGUCACCUACCCUGGUCUUGGAGGCCCUAUAGUCACCUACCCUGGUCUUGGAGGCACUAUAGUCACCUACCCUGGUCUUGGAGGCCCUAUAGUCACCUACCCUGGUCUUGGAGGCCCUAUAGUCACCUACCCUGGUCUUGGAGGCACUAUAGUCACCUACCCUGGUCUUGGAGGCCCUAUAGUCACCUACCCUGGUCUUGGAGGCCCUAUAGUCACCUACCCUGGUCUUGGAGGCCCUAUAGUCACCUACCCUGGUCUUGGAGGCCCUAUAGUCACCUACCCUGGUCUUGGAGGCCCUAUAGUCACCUACCCUGGUCUUGGAGGCCCUAUAGUCACCUACCCUGGUCUUGGAGGCACUAUAGUCACCUACCCUGGUCUUGGAGGCCCUAUAGUCACCUACCCUGGUCUUGGAGGCCCUAUAGUCACCUACCCUGGUCUUGGAGGCCCUAUAGUCACCUACCCUGGUCUUGGAGGCCCUAUAGUCACCUACCCUGGUCUUGGAGGCACUAUAGUCACCUACCCUGGUCUUGGAGGCCCUAUAGUCACCUACCCUGGUCUUGGAGGCCCUAUAGUCACCUACCCUGGUCUUGGAGGCCCUAUAGUCACCUACCCUGGUCUUGGAGGCCCUAUAGUCACCUACCCUGGUCUUGGAGGCACUAUAGUCACCUACCCUGGUCUUGGAGGCCCUAUAGUCACCUACCCUGGUCUUGGAGGCAUUAAAGAGCCACCUACCCUGGUCUUGGAGGCACUAAAGAGUCACCUACCCUGGUCAUGGAGGCACUAA